GAAAGACGGAGACCAAAACAAAGAACACCGAAAAUCACACGGCGGUCGAAGAAGAAGAUGAAAUCGUUCAAGGAAGAAUACACUUUGGAUGAGAGGCUCGCUGAAUCGCGUGAGAUUAUCGCUAAGUACCCUACUCGGAUUCCAGUGAUUGCUGAAAAGUAUUGCAAGACAGAUCUGCCUGAAAUCGAGAAAAAGAAGUUUCUGGUUCCAAGAGAUAUGUCAGUAGGCCAAUUCAUCUACAUAUUGGGUGCUAGAUUACAUUUGUCUCCUGGUAAAGCCUUGUUCGUGUUCGUGAACAACACUCUCCCUCAAACAGCUGCUCUAAUGGACUCGGUCUAUGAAUCUUACAAAGAGGAAGAUGGAUUCGUUUAUAUGUGCUAUAGCAGUGAGAAAACAUUCGGUUGAACCAAACCAUGUUAGUGUACAAAUACUUCAACAUAAGCUGUUCACUUCAUCAGAAGAUACUUGUAAGCUUAUAUGCCUGCUUGUUUUUUAUCCUUAGACUUUGUUCAUCUGUACAAAUGUUACUAGUACAAUCUCAAUUCCAAAGUGUAUUUCUUCAUUGUUUCA